GCGAGAUAUGUCAAGCCUUUAUUUGUUAUAAUUGUGAGGAUCAUGGCGUACAGCUGAUGAAAACCCCAAAUUAACAAUCUCAGAAAAUUAGAAUAUUAAAUGAAAUCAGCAAAACAAGGACUGCAAAUAGAGCAAUAUUGGACCUCUGAGAAGUAGAAGCAUGCAUAUGUACUCAGUACUUGGUUUGGGCCCCUUUUGCAUCAAUUACUGCCUCAAUGCGGCAUGGCAUGGAUGCUAUCAGCCUGUGGCACUGCUGAGGUGUUAUGGAAGACCAGGAUGCUUCAAUAGCCGCCUUCAGCUCUUCUGCACUGCUCGGACUCAUGUCUCUCAUCUUUCUCUUGGCAAUGCCCCAUAGAUUCUCUAUGGGGUUCAGGUCAGGCAAGUUUGCUGGCCAAUCAAGCACAGUAAUCCCAAAGGCAUUGAACCAGGUUUUGGUACUUUUGGCAGUGUGGGCAGGUGCCAAAGUCCUGCUGGAAAAUGAAGUCAGCCUCCCCAUAAAGCUCGUCUGCAGAAGGAAGCAUGAAGUGCUCCAAAAUCUCCUGGUAGACGGCUGCGUUGACCCUGGACUUAAUGAAGCACAGUGGACCAACACCAGCUGAUGACAUGGCUCCCCAAAUCAACACAGACUGUGGAAACUUCACACUGGACUUCAAGCAUCUGGCAUUGUGUGCCUCCCCAUUCUUCCUCCAGACUCUGGGUCCUUGGUUUCCAAAUGAGAUACAAAAGCUGCUCUCAUCAGAAAAGAGAUUUGCAUGUCAUGAGUCUAUGUCAUAUAUUAGUUUCAACUUUUAAGUUGAAUUAUUGAAAUAAAUGAACUUUUUCAGGAUGUUCUAAUUUUCCGGGUUUCACCUGUAAACUGCAGCUUCUGUUUUCAAAUUGGAUGGAAGCUGGUUUGAGGGAAACCACAUUAUCUCAAGAAACUACAGAAUACAGAUGGAUUGUGGCUAACAUCAUGCGUACUCAGCUUCAAACACCAGCAGUGGAAGCGAGCGGGAGCCUGAGUAACCUGUAACGUGAACAUAUCCGAAGCCCUGUUGUUUUAACAUCUUGGUCCUGUACAUGUUUGUUCAGAAGAAAGUCCCACAGAUUUCAGCCUGUCUUAAAUCAUAGAAAGCGUGUGCUACUCCGACUUGCAGUGGCAGCACAAGCGAUUAUGUAACUGGAUUCCUCCCAUUGUAAUUUUAUCUUCACACCCGGGGACAUCUUCAAAGUGUAAGCUUUCUGUUGUUAGUCAGGCACUUCAAAAGAAUCACUCCUUCUUCAAAGGGUUUUCUUCCCCGUUAAUGGAGGAGUUCAGACUGAUUGGGGUUGGGCUUAGUCAUCAACAAGCUUGCUAUUCUCUCACCACUUAGAGGCACACAGCCUAGUGACAGUCUCUGCCAAAUUUUAAUCGGAACAGACUAUGGUCUGGGACACCCAAACACUCUGUAUGUUUUAGAGGUUCAGGACAUGCUUAGUCCUAUUGAUUCCAAUUUUGGGGUGGGGGACGUGGAAUCAGUUAGAGCAUUGGUUUCUAAGAUUCUAUCAGCAGAAGACCAUGAUCGUUAAACAGAUCUGCAAUCCAAUGCACAGUCAGUUGGGAAUAAGCUGAAUUAAACACACCUAUUUCUGGGCAGAUAUGUAUAAGAUGGCACUGUAAGAAACUCAGCACCCUGGUUUCAGGGACAGGGCAGAAUGUUUCAGUGCUUCUGAAUUCUUCUGCCCUAAUGUCAAAGCUGUGCUGGCCAAGAACCAGAUUUGGUCUAAUAAGAAAUCAUUGCCAUACAGUGCAGGGUGGAAUCCAAACACAGCAGUGGGAUAUUAUCUUUAUAAGGACCAAACAAAAUGCCACAAAGCCACAAGAAGUUUUUUUUUGCAUUCUCCAAAACUCUCCUUUAAGCUAGAUGCUAGCAAAAACAAGCAAGGAAAACAGUAGGGUAUGAUAUUAAAGCCCCAAAAUCUUCAGUUUGUGGCUAUCUUAAGGUGUCGGGUGCAUAUAAUUAUAGUGUCAGACUAGAAGUGGAAAGAACUGGGUUUAAAUGUUUUCUCCACCAUGCAGCUCACUGUGUCAGUCACCUGGCCUACCUCACAGGGUUGUUGUUAGGAUAUAAAAUGGGCCGUGGGACCCUAUACACCACCCUGAGCUUAAAAAAAAAGCUACUUGCCUGUCUUAUUUCCCAAAGAAAUUCAAGGAAGCUAACAGAUUAAUAACUAGCAUUAUUCCAAACUAAACCCAAUACAAUGAAAAACAGAUUAACAAAUCUGGUCACACAACCUAAGCUAGUAGAAAAGUUAUUUAAUGAGCCAAAGGCUUUAUUAAAAAACCAAUUCUUCAUGGGGUGCAUGAAAUAAUACAUUGAAUGAGCCUGUGUUCCUUUGAUAAUGAAUAAUAACGAUAAAAGGUAAUGAAUAAAAUGGACCCGGGGUGUGACUAGAGAUUUGUGUAGAUUCUUUUCCCCUGUGAACACAGGUCAGUUCUUCUAAACUUUGCCAUACAAAGAGUACAGGAAGCUUGGAUGCUGUAACCAUCUGAAUGCCCAUCAGCAUUUUCCAAGACAAAACGCAUCACGGAGGUAAAUAAAAUCCAGAUCACCUCCGCUGCUAAUAACUGGGAGGUGAUUUCUACACUGGUUAUUUUUUGUUCAGUCUUUUGUAGCUGCCAUAAAUUUGUGCUUAUCCCAGUUUGCUAUUGUGAUUGUGAUACAACAAGCGAUUGGCAAAGUGCAUUGAUUUUUUUCUUACAAAUAUCCCCUUACAUUCAAGGUUAUUACUGUUUUGGGUUUUUUUGCCUGAAAUGCCAUUUAACUCACCCUGGGGAUCUUGUGAGGACUGAUGCAGAAUGCAAACAUUUUAAGGGCUUGUGCACUCAUUAAAGUUUGCCCAUCGGUUCUUUUGCUACUAAGAGACAACUAUAAGGCCUAAUAAGUUAAAAGCAGAGGUAAGCAAGAAUCUGUGAUGGAAAGGGAGGUAAUUUCCUCCUCUCUGAAUUCAUCCAUCCCCAUUCUGCCCCUGCCUGUGAUUGCUUGGGCUGUGUUUAAUGGUGUUACUUAUAUUUCUGUUUUGUAAGCCUGUGUUUGAUUUUAUUGUAGAAAGAUGGGAGUUAAAUGCAUGAAAAAAUGCAAUAAAAUAAACUUCUCCAACUUCAAGGUGCUGCUACAAGACUCCUUCUUGGUUUUUUCCUGCAACAGAUGGACAUGGCUACCCGUUUGGAAAUAAAUUCUGAUUGUACACUUCUCCAGGCAGGGACCUGUCCUGUGGUUAUCUGUUUCUGUCUUCUUCUUUUUUAAAGUUCCUUUUCCACAAUUAAAGCGUUCAGCAAGGAAUUACUUCUUUUUGUGAAUAUCAUGGUCACUGGUAUGUGACCAAAAGGAAACACCAGGAAGAACUUUCUGCUGUUUUGACAGUGGAAUGGUCUCUCUCAGGAGGUUUUGGACUCUCCUUCCUUGGAGGUUUUUAAGCAGAGCUUGAAAGGCCAUCAUAGUUGAGCUUCUUGCAUAGCCCUCGGGGUCCCUCCCAACUAUACAAUUCUAUGGAAAGGUAAUUCUGCCCACAUGUCUCAAGACGUUUAACACCCUCCUUGCUAGACAGCCUUCUGGGUCCUCCUCCACAUUCUCCAGGGAAAGGAAGACACCGACCUUUCUCCCUGGCUGGGAAGCGUAAGGGAGGCACCCGGCCAGGAAAAUCGCAGCCUCCCCACUCCCUAAUGGAAGAGGAGCUGCAUUAAGCCCAUUAACAUCCGCCAAAUGGUUAUCAUCAAUUUUUAAUCAGAAAUAAGACCAGAAAUAUGGUAAGCAGCAGCUCCCAGCAGCAAGUAAAUUUAAAUAACGCCAAUAGGGGAAUCCAAUCACUUAAGCGCAGGAACUCGAGCAGCAAUGGGGGAGCAGAGGGGUGCGCGCCGCUACUCCAAAGGAGAAGGCGACAGGCAGCUAUGUUAACGGAGAUCGAAGCGCUGCAAAAAAGAAAAAAGCCAGCCGAUCCCUCGGACCCAUUAACCCCUUCCUAGGUCGCCCUCUCUCUUUGGCGCCCCGCGCGCGCAACCAAACACACACACACACACCAGCACACAGCCGGUGCCAGAUUUUCCCGCCUCUCGCCUGCAGGACCCAGCCGCGCGGGCAGCUUUUGCAAAAAGCUGGAUCUUGCACGGCAUCUCCGCACUCCGCAGCUGGUCCAAUGGGCUAAAGGGAGAUCCAUCCCGCGGCUCUGCGGGGCCGCCUUCCAGCAGCCUUGGAGAGAGGCUCCUUCGGCGGCAGCUCCCUGGCCCCGUCGCCAGAGUUUGCAGAGCGCCCUGAGAGCGCAUGCUGGACGGGGCGAGGGUGGAGGGGCCAGCGAGGUCCCUGUCCCCUCCUCCUCCUCCCCUCGAGUGAUCCGGUGCCCGACGGAGGAAGGAGGGCGAGAGGGGGUCAGGAGGAGGAUGGGGGCCGGCCUCCCCCCGGGGCUGCUGGCGCUGGGGGCGGCUUUGCUGUGCCCGCCGCCCUGCCAGGGCAGCUGCGCGGAGCUGAAGUGCGGCGAGCAGGAGAGCUGCUGCAGCUACGGCAACGCCACCUACCCGGAGGUCAAGUGCUGCCGGCUGCCCUUUCACACGUUCCUGGACAACGUGGGCUGGUUCGUGAGGAAGCUCUCGGGGCUGCUCAUCUUGCUGGUGCUCUUCGCCAUCGGCUACUUCCUGCAGCGCGUCAUCUGCCCGAGUCCGCGCAGGAACAGCCGUCGGCGCCCCGGACGCCGCCGCCGCGACGAGGACGACGACGACGACGAUGGCGACGGCGACGAGGGCGACGGGGACUCGCUGGCCCGGGGAGGCACCCCGCUUAACGCCACGGCCGCCACGUCGCAGGACUCGCUGCUCGACAGCGGCCGGAGCAGCCAGGCGCCGCCGCCGCCGCCCCCCCACCUGCCCCUCGUGUCGCCCGUCUUCUUGCAGCUGCCCAGCUACGAGGAGGUGAAGUAUUUGCCCACCUACGAGGAGUCCAUGCGCCUCCAGCAGCAGCCCCUCGUCCUCCCCGUCACCAGCCUGGCCACGGGCGCGGGGAGAGGCCUCGCGGGGGCGGGCAGCUGAGGACCCGCUUUCCCAUAGGGCCCCCCCCCCGUCCCGAGGGGGCGGCGGCGCGCGUGGCCCGACGGAGCUGCCCCUUUCCACGGAGACGCCGGGGCGGGU